AUGCUUGCCAGACGAUGCUGGUCCUCGCCAUGGCGCGGUAACACCUGUGGCAUCAAGGGCUGGGCCCGUCACAAUUCGUCCUCGCCUUUCGCCGAGCUCGCCCGUCGUGAGGCUUCCCGACACCAGAUCUACCAGUCGCUCUCGACCGACCCUUACGUGAACCUUUCGAUCGAACACUUCUUGUUAGAGAACGCCCCGGUCGACUCAUGCGUCCUAUUCUUAUAUAUCAACCAGCCAUGCGUGGUCAUCGGUCGGAACCAAAAUCCGUGGCUGGAGACCGAUCUCCGCGCCCUUUACAAUGAUCGUCGGCCGAGCGAUCAAGACGACGGAGCUCUGUACGUUCGCCGACGAUCUGGGGGCGGAGCCGUUUUCCAUGACGAAGGAAACCUCAAUUAUAGUGUAAUCUCACCACGCGCACCUUUCACCCGAAACAAGCACGCGGAGAUGGUGGUUCGCGCGCUGCACCGCGUCGGCGCUGUCAAUACCAGCGUCAAUGAACGCCACGAUAUCGUCAUGACGCCGGAGGCGACAAACACCGAUGUAAAUGAACCCCCGACUCGGAAGGUCUCCGGGUCGGCAUUUAAGCUCACCCGUCACCGAGCCUUGCAUCAUGGGACCUGCUUGCUGGACUCGCCUAAUAUCCAUGAUCUCGGUCGGUUCCUGCGGUCACCAGCCCGCAGCUAUAUCCUAGCCAAGGGUGUGGACAGUGUGCGAUCACCCGUGGGCAAUGUCUCAAGCGCGUUGGCCGAUUCAUUCUUCUCGAUGCAGGGCGUGAUAGAUAGCGUGGUUGAAGAAUUCGCACAGUUAUAUGGCGUUGGUUCUGACGCGGUGCUUCGAGCACGCCGUGCUCUUGCAAACGAGCCUGAGAUCUUUUCGGGAGAUACCUGGGUUGCGGGUACAGUGGGAGAGGCGCAGGAACAAGAGCCGGAUGUUGCGAAAGGAAUUGCUGAGUUGCGUUCAUUAGAGUGGAAGUACACUCAAACACCGCAAUUUACUUUUUCGACGCAUCCUCAUGAGGAUGAUCCUCGUGAACGACCGCCAUUGCCAUCUUCACUUCCUCCCUCGACCCGUGCAUUUCUCCGCCUGAAACAUGGUGCCAUUAUCGAAAGCAAUAUCUCAGUCUCACCGGAUGAUUUCACUGCUUCAGACCAAGCUACUCGAGUGCACGAAGUCCUGAAUGGUCAGAAACUGCAUGAGAUAUCUACCCAACGCUGGACUGAGAUUUUGCAACAAGGUCUUGGCGGAACGGAUGGCACAGAUGACACUGUUGUCAGUGAGCUUUCUCGGUACCUUGGCGGCUUACUAGCAGGCCAUUGA